CAAAAACAUGACUAGUCUCAAGAUUUCUGACAACAACAUUACUGGUAAAAUACCGCCUGAGUUGGGGUUAGCAACCAAGCUGCAGUAUCUAGAUUUGUCAUCUAAUCAGCUGGUGGGAGUGAUUCCGAAAGAGUUGGGAAAUUUGAAGUCAUUGUUCAAUCUCACAUUGAGUGAUAACAAGCUCAUUGGGAGCAUUCCCAAUGAACUUGGUAAUUUGCUUGAUUUAGCCUCUCUUGAUCUUGGUGGGAAUGGAUUAAAUGGAACGAUCCCAGAAGGAAUAGGAAAUUGCCUAAAGAUGAUCAACUUGAACCUAAGUCGAAACAGCUUGAGUGGAGUUAUUCCUUGGCAGAUUGGGAAUCUUGUGAGUCUACAAGUACUGUUAGACAUAAGCAGAAACUCACUUUCAGGGGAGAUUCCAUUGCAACUUGGGAAGUUGGUUAGCUUGGAAGACUUGGAUCUUUCUCAUAACAAUCUUUCUGGCCAAAUCCCGUCAACUUUCGAUCAAAUGCAAAGUUUGAUGUCUGUUGAUAUGUCCUACAACAACCUUGAGGGUCCUCUUCCUGAUGGCAAAGUGUUCACGAAUGCACCCCUCGAAUCGUUUAUGGGAAACAAAGCUCUAUGUGGGAACAUAACAGGCUUAAUGCCUUGUCCUAGAGCCCUUAAUAUUUCUAAGAGGAACGGCAAAGAUAGAGUGAUACUGAUUACUGCUCCCAUCAUAGGAGUUGGAGCUUUAUGCAUCAUUGUAGCGGUUGCCUUGUAUCUUCUGAAAGGGGGUAAAGGGGAGAAAACUAGGAAACUAGGCUCACAUCGAGAAAACAUGUUCUCUAUAUGGAGCUUUGAUGGGAAGUUGGUAUACAAAGACAUAAACGAAGCAACAGAAGGGUUUGACGCGAAGUACUGUAUAGGAGAAGGUGGUCAUGGGACUGUGUAUAAAGCAGUCCUGUCAACAGGGCAAAUUGUUGCUGUUAAGAAGCUGAAAACUGCACAAAACCCGGGUUUUGUGAAAGGAAAGAAUUUUGAGGCUGAAAUCGAAGCAUUAUCCAAGAUUAGACAUCGAAACAUUGUGAAGCUUAAUGGGUUUUGCUCCCAUGCCCAACAUUCGUUGUUGGUCUACGAGUACUUGGAGAGGGGAAGCUUGGGGAAGUUGCUAGGGAACGCGAAGGAAGCAAGAGAAUUAGACUGGGAAAAGAGGAUUAAUGUGAUCAAGGGGAUUGCAAAUGCACUUUGUUAUAUGCAUUAUGAUUGUUCUCCUCCUAUAAUCCAUAGAGAUGUUUCUUCCAACAAUGUGUUGCUUGAUAGAGAUUAUGAGGCUCGAGUUUCCGAUUUUGGCACAGCUCGGCUUCUAUGUCUAGAUUCUUGCAACUUGACCGAGCUUGCUGGAACAUAUGGCUACAUUGCUCCUGAGCUAGCUUAUACCACGAAACCUACCAAGAAAUGUGAUGUCUACAGCUUCGGAGUUGUAGCACUAGAGGUUAUAAGGGGAAGCCAUCCAGGAGACCUUAUAUCUCCAUCUUCAAGCUCAUCGGCGUACACUUCAUCAUCAUCCUCGUCUGCAGCAUCUAACACUUCUCUUCUCGAAAGUACUCCUAACUUGAUCCCAAAAGAUCUCUUAGACACUCGUCUACCAUAUCCUGCUUCAGGAUUGGCUCAUGAGAUAGCAAUUAUCAUUAAGUUAGCUUUAGAGUGCAUUAAGGAUGAUCCACAUGUAAGACCAACCAUGCAGUAUGUGUGCCACCAAUUGCAACCAACACGAAAAUUAGCUCUGUCGAAUUCAAUAGAGAAGAUCAUGUCAUGGAAUGGGUGUGAAAGUAGUAGUGAAGGCGCGAAGAGCAUGAGGUCUUCUAGUUGUUCUUCAGGUCAUAAAGUUGAUAUCGUCUAAGCUAUUAAGUCUGAUGAGCAUAAAAAAUCGCAAUCUUGUAUGGGAUAUCUCUAGACGAGGGACUUUUUGUAGACUUGCUUGUAUGUACUCAUAGAGAUUUAAAAGAUUUGUAGUUGUACAAUAAUUUAGAGUACAGGAAGCCAUGAAAGGGCGAAGGGCUAGUCGCGAAGAUCAUCUACGAUCUUGUGCCGCUAUUAGGUGGCUUAAGUUCACACCCCCCCCCCCCCC